CUGAACAACGACAGUGCUGCGCUCGUCGGGGUCGUGUGCGAAGCGGUGCUAUGGGGUUUCCAUGUCGCUGUUUUCGCGGUCGCCAUCGGCGUGUUCUGCCGCAAGCGGCGGUGGCGGUCCGUUAACCACCCCAUCUGCAUCCUCAACUGCAUCCUCUUCACUAGUUGCACCGCCCACUUCGUGCUAGAAUUCGACCACUACAUCGUCCGCGUGCGCACUGAGGCCUUCGCGGCCUUCGCGGACGAGACGAGCGCGCUGCUCGGCGCGGACCUGCUCAUCUCCGUCAGCGACUUCCUCGGCGGCGUCUGCCUCCUCUACCGCUGCUGGGUCAUCUGGGGCCGCAACUUCUGGAUCGUCCUCCUCCCCCUCGUCAGCGGGCUCGCCGGGCUCGGCUGCAUCGCCGCCGUCGCCUACAUCCUCCUCACCCUCGACCCCUCCGCGCCCGUGGCCCCCGCGGCGCUCGUCCCGCUCGGCCUCGCCGGGUACGCGCUCCCGCUGCUGACGAACGCGGCCGCGACCGCGCUCGUCGUCGCGCGCUUGCUCGUAGCCACCCGCCGCGCCCACGCGCGGUCGGAGACGGGGCGCACCGCGCGCGCGGCGCGGCGGGCGCUCGCGGCGGUCGUCGAGAGCGGCGCGCUGUACCUCGCCGCGCAGGCCGCGUUCGUCGUCCUCUUCGCGCUCGGCCACCCCGCGCAGGCGGUCGCGGCGGCCGUGGCCGCACAAGUC